GGGAGAGAGAGAGAGAGAGAGAGAGAGAGAGGAAAAGGCGUUUCCACGGUACAGCAGCCGGUGACUGAGCAGCGGACGGUGGAGCAGACGGACCGAAAGCGGAAUCACGACCAUCCUAAAAGACAUUUCUCUUUUAAUCUCUCCAAACACCGACUGACAGCUCAUCUCACCGGUGUCCCCUUCACGGCCGCGUUUCCCCACGCUCAUGAAACACACUCAAAUCCAUCACUGACCCACUUCACACCGCAAAAGUGAACCGACACUGACGGAGUGGACUUUUUUUCUUCUACCUUUCCUGCAGCACGUCUGUCCUCUCCCGGGCCGAAAUUAAAACCCCACAGAGCUGCUUUCUGUGAGAGCCAGAGGAGAUUACCUUCCCGCAGACUCCCGCAUCUCUCUCCCUGUAUCUGUAGCUGACUCAUAUCUGCUGCGCUCGGGACCAUGGCGGAGUACAGCUCUCUGCUCAGCGACCUGUCUGAAAACAUCACCAACGAAGACUUGGAGCAGCUCAAGUCGGCCUGCAAGGAGGACAUCCCUGAGGACCAGAGCAACAACAUCACCUCCUCCAAGGAGUGGUUCAGCUACCUGGAGAAGAACGACAAGCUGGCCCAAGAUAAUCUGUCGUACAUCGAGCACAUCUUUGAGAUUUCACGGCGACCGGACCUGCUGACGAGGGUGAUCGAGUACCGCACCACCGUGCUCAAGAUCUCUGAGGACGACGAGAUCGACACCAAGCUCACACGCAUCCCCUCAGCCAAGAAAUACAAAGACAUCAUCCGCCAGCCCUCUGAAGACGAGAUCAUCAAGUUGGCCCCUCCCCCUAAAAAGGUGUGAGGUCUCGACCCUCAGCCCUGAUCUUUGCACCUUGAUUUCUUCACUCCUGGCACUCCAAUCAACCGACCAACCGUUUCUGACCAACCCCAUCACUCCCCCACCUCACCCACCCUCACACCUGCUACACACACACACACACACACAC